AUGAAAGUGGCCGUAGCGCAGCUGACGAGUGGGGGCGCGAUUGCAGAGAACCUCGCCGUGGCCGUGCGCCUGAUUGGGAGUGCAGCGCAGGCGGGUGCGCACGCCGUGUUCCUCCCAGAGGCGACCGACUUUAUCGCGCCGCCGACCGAGGCGGCGGCACUCACGCGCAGCGCGGCCAACGCGGAGUUUGUCACCGAGGUGUGCGGGGCCGCCAAGACGCACCGCGUCUGGGUCAGCGUCGGUGUGCACGAGCCGCCCAGCACGGACGAGGCGCGGUGCUUCAAUACACAGCUCUUGAUCGAUGAAACGGGCGCGGUGCGCGAGCGCUACCGCAAACUGCAUCUGUACGACGUCGAUAUCCAAAACGGCCCGUCGAUCCUCGAAAGCAACACGACGAUCCCGGGCACGGAGCUCCGCGCUCCUGUCGACACGCCGGUUGGCAAGUUGGGGCUCCUUACGUGCUACGAUAUGCGCUUCCCCGAAGUAUCGCUUGCGCUGCGGAGACAAGGCGCCGAGAUCCUUACCUAUCCGUCGGCGUUUGCGAUCCGCACCGGCGCGGCGCAUUGGUCGGUGCUGCUGCAGGCGCGUGCGAUCGAGACGCAGUGCUAUGUACUCGCCGCCGCACAAGUCGGCCUUCACCCCGGCACGACACGCUCCUCGUGGGGCCACGCGAUGAUCGUCGACCCAUGGGGCUCGGUCGUGGCCCAGUGCAGCGAUAUGCCCCCUUUUUCGCCGACGUUCUGCCUCGCGGAUAUCGAUCUGACAUCCCUAGAGCGCGUCCGCCGCGAUAUGCCGCUCUGGGCGCAGCGCCGUAGUGACGUGUAUGGCUCUCUGUAG